AUUCUAGCUAUAACACACUGCAAAAUGGAACAGUUUGCCGAGACAGAGCCAGCAGCAACCAGGACUACAUCAGGAAUACCACUCAAAGACCCAGACUCUAUUAAGCUAUUUGUUGGACAGGUCCCCAGAUCUAUGAAUGAGAAUGAACUGAGACCCAUUUUUUCUGAGUAUGGCCAACUAUAUGAACUAUUAGUGCUACGUGACAAGGCAUCAGGCAAUCACAAAGGUUGUGCGUUUGUGACGUUCUGUACAUUGGAGUCAGCUGAAAAAGCGCAGCGUGCAUUACAUGGCAAUAAAGUUCUGCCCGGGAUGUCGAGACCGAUCCAAGUGAAACCAGCCAACUCAGACGACGCAGCAAAACUUGAAAGAAAGCUGUUUAUUGGUAUGAUCAGUAAACAGGCAACAGAGGAAGAUCUUAAUGGAAUGUUCACACCCUUUGGUGAAAUAGAGGAGCAGAGCAUCUUGAAAGAUUCAGAUGGAAACAGUAAAGGGUGUGCGUUUAUCAAGUUCAAGUCUGCUAAAGAUUGCCACAAAGCUAUUAGAGGCAUGCACCACAGCCUAACCAUGCAGGGCUGCAGUUCUCCAAUAGUGGUAAAAUGGGCGGAUACAGACAAGGAGCGGGUGGUAAGGAGGCACCAGAAACUGACUGACGGUGGUUUCCCCAACUCUCCUGUUGAUAAUGUGGGACGAGGUGGACCCGGAGGACCUGGUGGACCUGGAGGACCCGGUGGACCUGGAGGGCCCGGACCCGGCGGUCCUUUCAAUCAAAAUAUGGCUCCUCGCGUUGGGUAUAACAUGAUGAACCAGCCUCCACCCAGCAACAUGUCUCCCGCUCCACCUCCCUCCUACAACAGUAACGGUUCAGCUCUCCUCACUGCCAUCACACCUCUUCUACACAACCUGGCCGCUCAGUCCAAUCCUGAUACAAACAAAGCGCUGGUGAACGCGCUGAUAGCAGCGCUGCAAGCGUUGGCGAACUGCAACAACUCAUCUGGGAACAGUCGCGCACUAACAGAUAUCGCUAAUCUACUGAACGCAACCGUGUCACCGGCCACCAACCCUGACCAGAGUUUACAACAAACUCCCCAGCAACAGUCACAGCUUCCCCCCGCACAAUUCAAUCUCAACAAAGAUAUGAUGCAGAGUUCGUUCUUACAAACGUCAACCUCCGCCCCUGCACCCUACCCUCCUAUGUCCUACAAUAACAAUAACAACAACGGCAGCACUCCACCCCAGACAAACAAACAGUCUGAGGGCCCUGACGGGGCUAAUUUGUUUAUAUAUCACAUUCCAUCGGAGUUGCGAGAUCAUGACCUUUCUGAAAUGUUUAACACAUUUGGAACGAUACUGUCCUGUAAAAUAUUCAUAGACAAAGCUACCAAUCAGUCCAAAUGUUUUGGAUUCGUGAGUUUCGAUAACCCACAGAGCGCACAGCUCGCUAUACAAGCGAUGAACGGCUUCAAGAUCGGCAGCAAAAGACUGAAGGUCCAACUUAAGAAACCAAAAGAUGCCGCCAAACCGUUUUAGCCGGAGUUCAACUUAGUCCAUAUUGUUUAUGUUAUACAGAAUUGUCAGAGGAUUUGCGAGUGUGUAACAUGAGUCUGAAAUGAAGCAGAAGCAGUCCACUAGCUGUACACUGUCCAAUAAGUGGUAUCUACGAAUUGUUGGUCGCAAAUAAGGUGGGAUUGACGAUGACCGGUAAAGUGAACUAUCACGAGCGAGAUUAUGAAUUCUGUUUGAGUUGUAUUUAGUUUUCAUAGUAACUUAUUGCUGCAGGAUUCGUUUUUCACGAUUUUCCAUAACGCAUAAGAUGACUGGAUUGACCGGUUAAAUAUUUUAUUAAUUAAAAGCAAGUGAAUUAUAUAACAUAAAGCACCAGACCCCUGUAUCUUGUAACUGUCGUGUGUUAUUAGAAUGUUUUCUUCAGAUGAUUUGGUUCUGACUAUAUAAGUAAUGCACAAUUAAAAUGUAUUUGAAUUUUGUUCUGUUUUAUCAUUUAAUCCUCAAUAAAUUGUUU